AUGGCCACAAAAGUAAAUAUAUUUGCAAUUUUACUGUGUCUGGCCCUUAUUGUCUUUGUCUAUGAGAUCAAUGAAACGGAGACGGUUGUCAAGUACAUACCGUUUUUUUUCUACCCUACAAACUUCACUCUCGACGACGUCUUAUCCCCGGGAAAUGGCAUUUUCUUUAUAGAGACCACAGACCGGAUGGACCCCCCCUCCCUAGUGCUCUGUGCGGUUGAGUCGGCAGCCCGUAUUAACCCCGACAGGCCCGUGGCUUUCUUCAUGAAGGGGUUACCUGAUAUAAACUCAGCAGAAGGACAAAACCGAGCAAGAAACAGUUUUCCAACCCUUGCACCUUAUAACAAUAUCUACUUUUUCCCUCUCCGGAUGGAGCUUUUGCUUAGCGAUACACCCCUCCUGCCUUGGUAUCAGAAGGUUAAUCCUGAGAAAGAAGUUCACUGGACCCACGUCAGCUCAGAUGCCUCCAGGUUGGCUCUGAUGUAUAAAUAUGGUGGCCUUUAUAUGGACAUUGAUGUUAUAUCAUUACGGCCUGUUCCAGUAGAAAACUUCCUAGUAGCCGAGAGCUCUCAGAUCUCCAGCAAUGGCGUCUUUGGCUUUGACUCUCAUAGAGACUUCACUUGGACAUGCAUGGAAGACUUUGUCAAGAAUUAUAAUGGAGCAAUUAGGGGGCAUCAAGGACCAGCCCUCUUCACUAGAGUCUUUAAGCAAUUUUAUUGUGAUAUUCCUCCAUUCAAGGGCGACGAAGAUCUCAAGUGUGGAAACAUCUCGUUCUUAAACCCUCGACGAUUCUAUCCGAUAGACUGGAUGAAGUUCUUUGAUAUAUGGAAAGCUAUUCCAGCUUUCAACAAGUCUUACGCUUUACAUCUGUUUAAUUCUGCUCAUCGUUAUAAGCGUAGGGUAAUGGUUCCAGGAAGCAACACGUUGGUGGAACAUCUUUACAUUCAGAAUUGUCCUCUUACUUAUCAAGCUGUUUUGGAGAAAAGAAAUACCCACCUUACCAACGUGCUAUAAAUAUAGACCGCUCUGUAUGCCCUGUAUAUAAAAGCUCUGUAUACUCAGCAUCUUUGUUUGUUUUGCCAAGUGCAACAAAAAUACUUGGGCAUACUGAGCAGGCAUCUAUUACACUAAUCAUGUAUACCUCAACUAAUCUAAGGACCGGGUCAACCAGGAUCAAAAGUGUCCAAAAGUCUGAAGACUUUUGAGAUUUUGGAUACAUCUCUUUAAUUCUGCUCAUCGUUAUAAGCAUACGGUAAUGGUUCCAGGAAGCAACACGUUGGUGGAACAUCUUUAUAUUCAGAAUUGUCCUGUUACUUAUCAAGCUGUUUUGGAGAAAAGAAGUACCCAUGGGUCCUUCACACCGAUUUGGUGGCUUAUCUGCCCCUAACUGUGCCCUAGGCACCUACCUACCCCUAAUUCCAGCUCAGGGAAGGGUCUGGAGAGCCAAGGGGCAACUUUUAUCAAUCUUUGUAUAACCAGCUUUAGUCCUGUGUAUGUUUUGAAAUAGUAAAAAAAUGCAGCAACUAAGAGGAAACAGAAGGAUCAUUGUUGCAAGCCAUGCAUGAACUUGGUUGUUUAAAAAGU